CCGCCGCAGCCACCACCGCCGCCGCCACCGUCGUCGUCGUCGUCGUCGUCGAUCUCUCCCGAGCAACAACGUUGCUGCAUCAUAUCCUGUCGUAAACCCUGUCGUGUGUCGUGUCUCGCGUUGUGUCGUACACCUCUUAUCGUGCCUUGUUUAUUAUUGUCCGUAGUAAUCUUAAUCUUCGUAUCUAUCUUUCUCUUUGUUGUUAUCUUCUUCUCUUAUGAUAAAGAAGGAAACAACAAUAAUAAUAAUGAUGUUGUUGUUGUGUCGUUAUUAUUAUUCGAUGUUAUUGCAAGUUUCCGUCCAGUUUUUUUCAUCGUCAUUAUCAUCAACAUCAUCAUCAUCAUCGUCAUCGCUCGUAGAUCGUUCGUUAAAAAAUUCCCUUUCUCCUACUCUGGGCUUUCAUCUUCUUGUUUUUCUUUUUCUUCUUCUAUUAUUACUACUACUACUACUACCAGUCGUGUUAUUCCAGGGGGCAAAAGACACGACGGUUGUGGUGUAGAAACGUAUAAUAUCUUCGCGCUGCUGCUUACUGUUCGGAGUAGAGAGCGCCACUCGCGAGCGAACGAACGAAUGUACGAACGAACGAACGAACACGAGCGUGCGUGGCAUUAGACAUACCUCGCGAUUUAAAGCACCCGUCGGAAAAGGCGUUCUCCUCCGUCGCGCGAGGGAUUUGCCGUCACCAUCUCCCCCCACCACCAUUGUAACAACUACUUCUACCCUAUCCAACCCUACCGCGCGUUAGCUCCCACUCCUAUUACGGUUACCCCCCACUCUAUUCCUAUUCUCCUACCCUUAUCACAACGCUGUCGGUCUUCUGAUGUGCGCUCGAGACACGCCGUGAAAGUUCUCUGGCCGCCGACGGUGCCGCCGCUGUGUUACCACCACCACUACUUCUUUCUCCUCUUCCCUUCUUCUCCUCCUUCUCCUCAAAUCACCACCACUACAUCACCACCACCACCACCACCACUACCACUACUAUUACUACCUUCACCGCCGUGCUUCCAGGACAAGGAGAUAAUCUUCGGAGAUACCCGAACAUGGUGAUCGCAGUGCACGAACGCACCAACAACCGUGUAUAUAUAGUGACAUUCCGACGCGCGGGGUAGGAAAUACUACUUUAUUCUUUCUCUUAGAAAUCAACAAAGAGAAAAAUAGAAAGAAUUUUUUUAAACAUAGAUAUAAAAAAAUAUUUAAAAAAAAAAAGGGAGGAAAAAAAGAGAGAGAGAGAGAGUACAUUUGAGUGGGUAGAGUACAUUUGUCGAAUCAUUUUUUUCUGCUUCGUCCGGCCUCUCUUUUCGAUCGGUCAGAAAAGGAGAAUAUUUCUUCCUAACCACUACGGGUUUUUUUCUACCUCGAAUUAUUGUUGCACGCAGUAUUAUGUGUGUGGUUUAAUAUACAUAUUAUUUUAAUAUUUGAAAAAAAGAAAAAGUUUUGCAGUAUUUUUUUUUAUUAAUGCAGUUUCUUCUUGGACACAUGGAAAAAAAAAACUACUGCACAGGGAUUUACCGUUGUUAUUGUUGAUUGGUCGUCGUCGACAUCGUUGCUCUGUUGCUGCUGCUGUUGAUGCUGUUGCUGUUGCUGCUAUUAUAAACUGCUGUUAUUAUCAAUUUUUAUUUAAUUACAACGCACCAAUGACAACCGGAUUCUUCUUAUGCAAAUGAUCGUAUAACCAAUGUGUUGCUAACGUUUCUUUCUCAAGGAUAUCUUUUCUUUCCUUUAUCCAUUUUUGUUAGGGGUAUUGGAGCUCUCUCUUUACGUCGGUGUGCGUGCGUGUAUUUUAUGUGUAUAAUACGUGCCUGUGUUCCCUCUCUCUAUUGCUCUCUUUCUCUCUCUCUCUCUUACUCCCUCCCUCUCUAUUUUACGCAUGCGCGCGCAUGCGUUUSGUUCAUUCUCUCGCUCGCUCGUUCAGUCGUUAGUUCGUCCGUACGUCGGUAAGUGCGUCCGCGUUCCAACCAAUAAAACGUGUUCUGUGAAAAAUUAGGCGCGAAAGAUGAAAUAUACGAAUUAUCUAUUGCAAUCAUUCUGGGCUGCCUAAAUUGACCAGGAAGUCUGGGGAUUUGUCGAACAUGAGUGCAAUAAAGUUAGCUGGUAAACAUAAUGUAAAGAAGUUGCAUACGUUGCUGUCAAUAGUAGACGAAAAACCAAAGCUGGAUACCGGACAAAACAAUAGGCACACCGAGCACCAUAUCAAAAAUCAUUUCAAGCACAACCAUUAUUCACAUAAUUCCAUAUUGACACCAUCGACGCUCAACCAGGGUCUAGAUGCAGGUACAAGCGACGAUAGUGGUAGAGCGUCUGAACAAUUGCAUGGCCCUGGUAUACCUAGGGAUUGCCAGGACGCAGACAGUUCCAGGGACCAUCUCAGCGAUGCUAGCAGUCAUUGCAGUUCGGGUAAAGGUUAUAUCUGUGAUAGUGAAGGAGAAGACGAUAAGGGCUCGGAUGCAGAGUCGAUACUCUUUGAAUCUUCUACCCCACCACCCCUUGCACGUAAAUACGAGCUGCCAUCUUCUUCACCGCACGUGUUGCCUCCAACGAACGGAGCAGGAGGAUCUCCUCCGGACACGGGUGGACAAAUUUCCAAUCCUGCAACGGAUGCACCGGCACCUAUACCACCACCAGUGCCAGCAUCUGCACCAGUUCCAACCGCACCGAGUCCUCCUAGCCCAACAUUACCCCCACACAUAUCCCAACCACCGAUGACUAGUCCACUGGCAGCUAAUCCUCGUGCAAUAGCUCCGCAGCAACGACCAGCCUCACCUGCUCUGCCACCACCUUCCUUAUCCCAACAACCUCAUACUACGAUACCUGCAUUGCAUCCACCUAAUGUGCCCCUCGUUUCAUCGAGCCAUACUACUAGUCCGGCGGUAGCUAAUUUAGGUGUAGCUCCGGCGGCACCUUCAAACGGUGCCGCUACUACAAGCUAUCCACCACCAAUACCCAUGGCCGCCUAUCCUCAAACUCAACCAUCUUAUCCACCGCUUUAUACACCGUAUACAGCUCUAAAUCAUAGUCCGUAUCUCCCACCUGCGGUACCAUCUCCUUCCCACUCUGCUUCUUCACGUACUGACGUGAGAGGAAGUAGAGCUUCCCCUUGUACUAACAUAAGUAAACAGACUAUAGGAAAUAACAUCACGAGUCAUAAUAAUACUCCUUUGAGUGCUGCAACUACAACAUGCGUGUCUACGAUAACUAAUACAGUUACCACUGCGAAUACCAUAGCUCACCGAGAUAUGGUUGCCUGUAGUCUGUCUGGAAGAAAUAAUAAUAAUAAUUCUCCUCGUGGACAUAGUCCUAGUCGAGAAAGAGACAGUUAUAGUAGCAAUGUGAGUAGCCUAAGUAGGGGCAGCAUCACUCCCGUAAGUGUGCCAAACACGUCAUCUCCAGCAAAUUCUAGUCUAACUGCGUACACCAAACCACAAGGAUGGAUUGGUAGCAACACAACCUCACAGCUCUCUCCAGCAACAGCAACGUCUGUACCAAGGCCAACUCCACCACCCGUACCACCACUUGGGAUUCAUACAUUUCCACCACCCAUGUUCGCAGCUCCUUUACCACCACCCGUUUCUAGUUCCAGUCCGCAUACUUCACUGCCUUCACUUCCUCCACCUACGACCAACCCCAACCCAUUCUCGGCAGAGUCACUUUUUCAAACAAGGGUGACUCAUGUUGCAGGUCAAGCGGACCUGUUAAGGAGAGAACUUGACAAUAGAUUUUUGGCGUCACAAGAUAGGAAUGUCAAUGUAGGGGUUGGAAAUUUGGGUCCACCGCCAUAUCUUAGAACAGAAAUGCAUCAUCAUCAACAUCAACAUACUCACGUACAUCAACACACGACGCCAUUGUUACCACCAGCAGCGGCUACUACGUUGUUUCCUCCCCCAAUCGUAAGUUUCGAUUUCAAAGAUAUACCAAAACUUGGCGGUGUGGAUUCCCCAUUUUUUCGAGGUAAUUUAAACUUGUCUGGAUAUACCGGAUUCAACACGGGAAUACUUCAUCCUGGGAUUGGUCCUCCGUCAACACCUUUUGUACCUCCCAAUCAUUUAACAUCAUUUGCACCAAAGGUAAAAAAGAAGAGCGGAAAAUGGAAUGCAAUGCAUGUACGCAUCGCAUGGGAAAUUUAUCAUUAUCAACAAAAGCAACAAGCAGAAUCUAAAGCUGGAAGUGUUAACACCAAAACAGAAUUGUUAAGACCCCCAAGCCAUCUUUAUCCAGGAGGACCCGCAAGUGGUUUGGGAAUGUCUGCUCCUCCUAUGGCACCUCCAUUCCCAACUAAUAUGCCACCUGCGCAUCCUGCACCACCUCCACCUCAUCCCGUUGGUUUCCUAUCUACGCCAACUUCUCAUUUAGGAUCUGGAAUGUCACCAUUUGGAAGAUAUCCUUCAACGUUUGGUACACCAAAUCCAAACUUUCCAGGUCUCUCGAGUUUUCCUCCAGCUAGAGAAAUGCCACCUUUGAGUGGUUUGAGUUCUGUUCACGAUCCAUGGAGAGGAUUGCAACGUGCAUCCACUGGCUUUCCACCAACCACAGUGUCAUGGGGUUUGAAACCGGAGCCGCCAACGAUCGACAGAAGAGCCGAACUGGAGGAACGUGAACGUGAACGUGAACGUGAACGCGAACGUGAAAGAGAACGUGAACGUGAACGCGAACGUGAACGGGUACGUCGUGAGAGAGAACGCGAAAGGGAGGAACAACAACGGGAGAGAGAAAGACGGGAACGUGAAAAGGAAGAGAAAAGAAAGCAACAGGAAGCUGCUGAAAGAGAACGUGAAAGACGAGAGAAGGAGCGUCGUGAAAUGGAAAGGCGUGAGAUGGAAAGAGAAAGGUUGUUACAUCAAAAUCGUCAACACGUAUUAGUUAGUAGAGAACGUUCACCUUUGAGAAACGGUUCGGCACCGUUGGACGCUGGUGAAGUAAGAGUUAAAGAAGAACCACGUAGCAAGGAUGACGAAGUAGUGAUGCUCCCAAGGCCAUCAGGUCCUGGUCCAGGUGGUACGUCAGGUACUGGUCCUGGACCAAAUACACUGCCUGAUCCAAGAUACCAUCAUCCGCAUCCUCACACAUAUUUAACGAGGCAUCCGCACAGUAUGCCGGGACCGCAUUCAAUGCCACGAAGUAUGCUUCCAGGCUUAGGUGCACAUCCGAUGCAACAUUUCCCACCACCGUCUGCGCCACCAGGUCAACCAGGUGCUCCUUGGCCAGCUGAUCCCUUUAGGGAUUACAGAUACGAUCCUCUACAGCAAUUACGGUAUAAUCCUCUAAUGGCUGCCGCUGCCUUCAGAGCUGAAGAAGAAGAACGUGCUAAACUUUACGCCGGUUAUCCACCGGGCCCGGUUAAUUCAUUAAGAGGCAAAGAUCCUAGUCCUGGACCAUUAAGCAAUUUACAUAUGCACCAUAGAGCAGGUCCUGGACCAGGUGUACAAGCUAGACAACUCGAGCCUACCUUAAUGCACGCAGAUAUACACAAAAAAGAGGACGCCUCGCAAUCCCGAUGAUACAUCCUCCCUACGUCCUCAGCUUCUGCUGCAAGUGAACGCAGCACCGAUGCCAACAACAUCAACAUCAAUCCCCAACACCAAUAACAAUUUUUGAGAACAAUUCGUGGUUAUAUCAACAACAACAAAAAACACUAUCUUCUAUAUAUAUAUACUUUUUCUCUCUUAUUAAUUAUUACUUACAUACUUAUUUACUUACAUAUUUACUUAUUUACACAUCAUACAUAUAUCGUGUCAUCCAUCAAUAAUUCCGGUAAUCGGUGCUGAAGAUAUUUUGCUAAUGGAGAUUAAUAAUGGGGCGUGUUUAUUAUAUUUAAAUAUAUAAUAUAACGGAGAGAAGGAAUAGAAAGAAAAAAAAAA